UUGCAGAGCAGUGAAGAGUCAGAGAGCGAUCCCGAAUUACGGGAACCGCAGGCGAAACGCCGCCGUACUACCAAAAUUUAUAAGCAGUUGAGCGGAGGAGACGUAGAUAGUGAAACCGAUGCUCACUUAAGAAGUGAGGAAGACACAAUCCCGUUCGCUGAGGAGGAAUACGAAAGCAUUGAAACUGAAGUAAUGUCGGACCCCAGGAAAGAAGUAUGCGAAGAUGGUGCGCACACAGAAAGCCAUGAAUCGAUUUUAUCCUCAUCGGUGGCAGCAGCUGGGACAAAAAGUGACACCGAACAACAUCCGGAUAUUGGUUAUUCAUCCGGUGAAAACUCCAAUUCCGUCCACGAAAAUAUCACCGACACUGAGUGA